UCGUGCGAGGCAGAGCAUCAGUCCGCAAUGUCAUCCGAGGAGCUCGCACGGAGGCUGCAGCGCAAACUGGACGCCGAGCAGCGUGACACCAAACCCGGCUCACCGGCGCAGACAGGAGCGGACGAGGAGGAGCCGCCGCCGGAGAGACCCGGCACUGCAGUGAACGGCGACGCCACCUCUGAACUGACGGAGAAACUCAACCGCAGGCUGGACAUCCAUGACGGCACGACGAAACCCAAGCAGAUGAAGGUUUUCAACCCCUACACCGAGUUUAAAGAGUUCUCGCGCAAACAGAUCAAAGACAUGGAGAAAAUGUUCAAGAGAUUUGACUCUGGUAAAGACGGCUUCAUUGAUCUGAUGGAACUGAAGCUGAUGAUGGAGAAACUUGGAGCUCCACAGACUCAUCUGGGCUUGAAGAACAUGAUCAAGGAGGUGGAUGAAGAUUAUGACGGCAAACUCAGCUACAGAGAGUUCCUGCUGAUCUUCCGGAGGGCCGCGGCAGGUGAGCUGCAGGAAGAGAGCGGACUGAUGGCUCUGGCGCGACUUUCAGAGAUUGACGUCUCGACCAAAGGCGUUCUUGGAGCCAGGGACUUCUUUGAGGCAAAGGUUCAGGCUCUGUCGGUGCGCAGUAAGUUUGAGGCAGAGAUACGAGAGGAACAAGAAGAGAAGAAGAGGAUGGAACUUGAAAGAAAACAACGGCGUGCUGCAUUUAAAGAGCUGCAGUCCACAUUCUGCUCCUAAAACUACAGUUCUUUUAGAGAGCACAGUUUACUUGCACACAAGCACAUACACGCAUGCACACACUGCUUCUCGUACCUCACACCUAUGUGUAAUCAAAACCACAGCCGAACACUGAACAAGUAGCAUUAGCGUUAUUAGCCGCUUACAGCUAUCCUGAAAUAUGCAUGAGGAAUUUGUUUCGUGGGUGACGGCUGAGGAGAAGACGAGAUGACGUGAGUGAAAUUUCAGUAGACUUCUAAUGUAGGACUUAAACUCUAAUAGACUAGAUUGUGCUUCUAUUUUAAUCAAAGCAACUAUAUAUUUUUAGAAACUAAAAAGUUUAUUGUAAAGUUAUUCAGUGUUAAUCAUAAUGUUAAAUACACGCAAAGUUGUUGUCGUGGACUAAAUGUUGAUUAUGACCAACUGAGAAAAAAAACAUGGAGAGAAAGGGUCAAGAAUUAUUAUUUUUUUAUAUAUAGAUUUUAAUCAUGCAUUUUGUUCCGUUUUCUUUUUUUGUUAACUGUUUUCUACAUAUUUGUCAGCUAAUUAUUGCUGUUAAU